CCACCGAGACACAUGCCUGCGGAUCAGGAUUCAGGAAGCUCCAUGGAAUCGUCCACGGACGCCAUCCGCCGUCCGCACGGCGCUCCAAGAAUCCGGGUCCGGGAGUCUCCUACUCUUCGACUUGGGCUAGAAUUAGAACAGCCGCCGCCGCCGCCGCCGCCGUUCCCCUCUUCUUCCCACCUUGUCCGAUGCAGCACCCCUUUCGCCUGCGCGCUUUGUCCGAUCGCAGCAGCUCUCCGCGUCAUCGUCGCGCCGCGGGACCGGCCGAGACGAUGGACGCCCCACUCCUCGCGCCGCACCCGCCGGCGCGGGGCUCGCUGAAGGGAGCGGCGGGCGACGAGAUUGAGGCCGCUUCCGCCUCCGCCGCCUGGUGCCGCUUCUGCCUCGAUUCCGGUGGUGAGCUGAUCUCGCCCUGCAUGUGCAAGGGGACGCAGCGGUUCGUACACCGCUCUUGCCUUGACCACUGGAGGUCUAUCAGGGAAGGAACUGCCUUUUCACAUUGCACAACAUGCAAGGCCCAAUUCCAUCUACGGGUGCAAUUUCUCGAGGGAGAUGGGGGCCGUAAAAUGAAGUUCCGGCUGUUCGUUGCAAGGGAUAUCCUGCUUGUGUUCCUUGCCAUCCAAAUUGCCAUUGCUGCCAUUGGUGGCGGGGCAUAUUGGCUGGAUAAAUGUGGGCAUUUCAGGAACAGAUUUGCUGGUGGGUGGAUUCACAUUCUUUCACUGCAUCCAGUGCCCUUCUACUAUUGUGUUGGUGUAGUGGUGUUUUUCGCACUGGUUGGAGUUUUUGGGCUCAUAUUACACUGCUCGACGUCCCCGUCUUCCAACAAUGAUUUUCCGUGCUUCACUAGAUCCUCGAACUGCAGAUCAGAUUCAUCAGACGAUGAUGAUGACUUUGCUGUUGUUGUUACCAUCGUUAUUAUUUUUGCCAUCAUCGGAAUUGUGUAUGCCUUCAUUGCUGCAACUAGUGCUGUCCAGCGGAUCUUUCAACGACACUACCACAUUCUUGCCAAGAAGGAGCUGACAAAGGAGUAUGUCGUGGAGGACCUCCGAGGGGAUUAUACACCACCAAAGCUGGACCCAAAGCACGAGCAGCGCUUGAAGGAGCUGCAGCUCAUGUAGCUGCUGCUUUUACAAUUCACACCAGUUCAUCUAGUCCUUAGCAUGAUUUGCAGCAGUUAAAAACUUGGUUCUGUUAUCCUGAUGGCUGUCUGCUGCAAUAUGAAUAGUAACCAUGCACUACCGGACUCGCUUACUUUGCCGAGUGUCACAGAUACUCGGCAAAGGCCGAAAAACACUCCGCAACUUCUUUGCCGAGUGUAGCACUCGGCGAAGCGCGCACGGUCUUUCUUCUACCGGCGGCACUCGGCAAACUUUGCUGUGUGUCAAGCCGCACUCGGCAAAAAAAAGUUGAAACGGGACGGACAACAGGCAAACUGGCGAACGGAACGGGCGAACG